GUUGGGUGCCGAAUGCGCAUCAGUGCCGACCGAGGUGGAAGUGCUUGUACCAGUAGCACAAUUUUCUAAGUUCUGUGUGUACCGACCGCGACCCAGAAGUGCAGCGUUGGAGCACACUCGAGUGAUUAGUUCGGAUAUUGCUCAGUAAGGUGGUGCAGUCGUGCAGUUUCUAGCAGGGAUUGAUUUGCAUUAGCCCGCUAGCGAUUGAUGGGAAAACGUACGAGCCGCGUCUUGCAGAGUAGACUGUGUGAUUUAUUCGAAGUGCUUUCAUUAGCUAGUUCUCUAAACAUUUUCAUUACGUUCGAAGAAGGCGUGUUGCCGAGCGGGAAAAUUAAUCGAUUGCCAAUUGCCGAGAGUGUGCUACAAAUAUGCGGAUUUUUCCUCCGGCCAUUGCGAAUUACUAGGAAUGUAGUACCAAAGUUUUAUCUGUGACCGGCUUUCCUGUAUGAAUCAAAUGCAUAUUCUGCCCGUCAUCCUACGUCAUCAACUGUAGAAUUGCGUUCAGCGAAUUAUAUGAGUUUGUAGAAGAGCAGAAUACUCAAAGUUAUCAACUGGAGUGGCACCCACCAUGCGAUAUGCAUAAAUAGAACCAUCGAUUCUUAUCUCGACAAUAUCGAUCAGUGAUUCAGUGACACCGAAGUGAUAUAUGCCCAGUGCUCUUAUCCGUAUCAAAACGAACCAUCGGGAACGCUAGCGCUCUUCUCUCCGCGUCGGCGGAGUGGUGCGUUGCUCUCUCUCCUAGAGGUCGUCGCGUCGUGACUACGGAAUCUCUCAUCGUGGAACCGCAGGCUGCCGGGCCAGGCCGGGGCGGUUGUGUAUAUUUGUACAACCACUGCUAAAGUGGCCCCCUCGGGUGCUGGUCGCGCUUCGACUUGCUCCAUUGAAGCUCCCCAAAACGCGGAACGAACGUGUGUGAUGGUGUGUGAGUGUGGACGCGACGCCCGCGUAAAUAAAUAUAUACGGGAUCCAAACGCCACGAGCCAAUCAGUCCAGUGCCGGCCGCGAAUGAAUACAGUCGCAAGGUGAACUCGGGAAACACCACACAACUCGGAAGUAAACCACAUGCUGAUUUGUUGUAUCAAGUCUGUUCCGAGUGAUAUAACUGCAAGCGAAUAGCUUCAGCACAUUCAAUUCCCUUCUUUCUCUUUUCUGUUUGUUGUAAAUCAUCGCAAAAGGAGACUUCACUCCGCAAAAGGCAAAAGUGCAGGAAAAGAUCUAGACGACGACGCGUUGAAAAGUCGCCUGUUUGUAAACCCUUCGUAUACGAAAAGAGUUGCAAUACGUUGUCCAAAGUUGCUUCCUUGUUUUUUUUUCGGGGAACCAUUAGUGUUUUAUGUAGUGUAUAAGUUUUAAUUAGUGAGUGUUUUACAUCAGUUCGAUUUCAACGUUCUGCGAUCCAAAACUGGAGUGGUUUUCACACAGAAUAUCGCGAAAUCGUAGAGGUUCAAAAUGAAGGAUAUCAUCGGUAAUAGGAACUUAAUCAAUAAGGAUACAAUCUACAAAGAAGUUGUUGUCAUCGGCAAUGGACCGAGCGGAAUAUCGUUAUCCUACAUGUUGGCAGGCAAUUGGCCAUAUUGGUCACCGGACAAAAUCCAAAGGCAUCCGGACGAGUUGCUGCGAGCACGGCUCAACUAUUACGACUCGCAGAAGAGCCUGGCAGAGCAUGAUCUUUUCAGUCUGGCAGACGGACUAGAGGGUCGAAGCACUAAUCCAGUGUCAUUGUUGCUGGACAGUCUGCAGCAUCCUUGCGCUGACCUUGGAAUGGAACUACCCUGCAUGGUGGAAUACAAAUUUCACCCGGAGAAAGAAAUCGAUCAUCUAGUCCUGGGUCGAGGCCCCCCGGGAGGUUCCUGGCAUCGGAUGGAUCCGAACUUGCGCACCCUCUCGCUAGCCGCGUGGAUGUCCCUGCCUGGAUUGCCCUUCUCCGAGUGGGAACAGACCCACCCGCCGACGAUCGAACCCGUAGAGCUGAACAUCGACGGCUCACCCCUAAGCAAUAGCCACCACCCGUACCUGCCGCCAGUUGGAACCGAGGAAGGCGUUAAAAUCCUCAAAUCAAAUAAUCACCACGGUGCUAGCAUUAAUCGUAAUAGGAAGAUACUUAUCGGUAGCAGUAGCAUUAGUGCGAGUUCUGCCCAUAUCAAUGGCUCGUGUGAUAGAUGUAAUGAACUGAAUCGACAGCAGCAGCAGCAAAAAGUGCCCUUAAUGUGCCGUCGGUGUCGCAUCCAUAGUAGUAACAACAAUAACAACCCUCCCGCGGAAAAUCAAAACAUCUUACGACAGCAGAACAACAGUAUUGCCUACGAAGAACGCAACGGUAAAGUCAACAUCAAGUUGUGCCCACCGAGGCGAAAUCUGUCGCUAAAGCGGCAACUUUCGAAGGAGGUGGAAACGAGGGCACUUAUUUCACGUGUUGCGCAGUACUACGAGAGCUAUGUGGACGAAAUGAAUCUGUCCAAGUACUUCAUGAAUGAUACCAUUGUGACCACGGUCCUGCCGCUGGACUUCUCGGCCGUCAGUAGCCCGGUGCCGGAGCGGUUGCGCAGAGGACGGUGGAUUAUAUCAGGAUUUGACCGCCUAACCAACAAUCAAUUUACCGUGGUUUGCAAGAACUUGGUACUGGCAAACGGAGCCUCGGACCUGGCAAAUCGGCUGGGCGUCAAGGGCGAAGGUCUAGAGAUGCCUUGGGUGAAGUACGAGCUGCCGCAGUUGGAGCGUGCGCUGGAAAAGAUCGACGACUCGGCGCGGUCCCACUUGAAACCGGUGCUGAUUGUGGGUGCUGGUUUGAGUGCCGCCGAUGCCGUCACCAUAUGCCGAUCUUCAGGCAUUCCGGUUAUCCACGUGUACCGGAAUAGAACUGCCGGUCUGGAUAAAAUGCUGCCGGGUAAUGUGUAUCCGGAGUAUCACGAGGUGCACAAGAUGAUGAAGGAUUCGAACCGGAGUUACGAUUUGUACACGCCGCUGCCCGAACAUACGAUUGCGGACUUGACGCAGUCGGUGAACAGUGGGAAAUCUAACUCGUAUCGAGUUACCGUGCAACAUUUGAAGACGGGUGAAAAACGGGAACUGGAAGUGUCCUUCUGUGCUAUUUUGAUCGGAUCACGACCGGAUCUAAGGUUCAUAGCGGGACUUACGAAGAAGCCAACGCCGCAAAAUGGUCAAGAAUUUAGCUUUCUGAAUAGGAAUGCCAAUAACAAAGAGAGCUCGGAUGAAAUAGUUUGUCAGAAUAGAAAUUUGCAACCGGUAGCUAUUUGGUCGAUAACAGAGCAGCUUUUAUCCACAAGAUUGGGGCGAAAACUCUUCUGGUUUAAGAAUAUUUGCGCCAAGUGUCGCCAUUUGAACGUAUGUGAACGCGGUCGCUAUAAACACUAUCAACAGGCAGGAACAGGAGAUAACAACAAGUCCAUAAACUGCAGCCACACCGUUAGUAAAAACUGUGAAUGUACGAUACCAGUAGCAAGCAGUAUUAGUGACCACAAUGCUAGCAAUGCUGGAUUAGGUUUGGGAGAGGAUCCUACAAAACCAAUAGACUGUAAGAGCAAUCCGAUCGAUGUAGACAAGUACACAAACAUGGUGCUGCGGUCACCAUACAAGGGAUUGUACGCCAUGGGACCGCUGGUAGGUGAUAACUUUGUUCGCUUCAUCCCUGGUGGUGCCCUCAGCAUCACCUCGGCACUGCACAAACUGACUGAGAAUGAUUGAUGAUGCCUUCAUGGUGGUGCAGUGCGGGUGCUCUUUGUUUGAGGUGCAGGAUUUCUGGGAUAUGGAAUUGUACCUCUUAGUUGACCGUUUGUUCUCUCGACCCAUGGGGUCAGGAAUAUAAGGAAUUUGUUUGGUUGAGCUGUUUCGCUCCACACGGAACUUGGAGCUUCAAAAUUUGGGAAACAGUGAUUUUGCGUUACGCAGCGUUAGGUUCAAUUCACAUUUAAUAGCGUUGAGCGUUAUAGUUGUCCGAGACACAAACCUUUGACCAGCGUCGUAACGCGCGGUGUCUAGUAGGGAUGUUCAGAAGUGUUUUAUCCCUUGAUGGCUUGCAUGAUCAAUCUUUUUUCGUAGUUCGCAUUAACAUUCGCAGCUUUGUUAAAAUUAUUGCCCUGUAAAUGAGUGUUUCAUGAGAAGUCAUUUUAUUUUAGAUCCCGAAACAUUCCUAUCAUUUUAUAAUCGAGUGCGCGUUUAAAUGGUGUUUCAGACACUCAUAUUUAUUUAAUUGCUUAUUAAAUUUAAACAUAUUUGUACAAUGUAAUAUUUUCUAGCACAAAAAGCGAAGAUUGUUAUAAACGUAGUUGUUUUAUAUACGAUAAACAAAAAAUCAGCUUUGUAUUGGACCAGAAUCCAAGAAAACUCUUGCUAAAACCUGCUCGAAAUUGAAAAGUGAUUCAAAAACACAUUUUUUAUGUCCAUUUGUUAAUGUAUGUUUAAGUACAAAAAAAAACAA